AACUAGUUUUACUUGCAAUUUAAUAAUACGUUGAAUGUGUAUUGGUGUUCUGCACAAUAAACAUUCUGUAUUGGCUACUUCAGUAAUAAUGAUAAUUCUGUGUUCUUAUAAAGGCCCUUGUUCCAGUCAUGGAGUUUCUAAAGCAGUAACUUGAUUUUUCUAAUGAUCUCUGGUUCUGUAGUCUGUGCUGAGAGAGCUUUGGUGGAAAAAGAAGCAAGACUGUCAGGUAAACUGCAGCUGGCUGGCUGGCAUGUAGUUCUGGCUUUAAACAAAACACCUUGUUUCAAAGGGUGUCACGCUGCUGGUGACUGCUUCCAUCUAGCAGUUUAUGGCUCUCCUUGGAGCAUGUGGAGAGGUGCUGGUCAAGAGGAAAGGGGGGAAAGACCCAUGAAGGGUGUGAUAGGUGUACAGUUGGUGCUUACCAUGGUAAUGGCUAGUGUCAUACAGAAGAUCAUACCUCAUUAUUCUCUUGCUCGUUGGCUUCUCUGUAGUGGCAGCUUAAGGUGGUAUCAGCAUCCUACUGAAGAAGAACUACGAAUUCUUGCAGGGAAACAAAGAGGCAAGAGCAAAAAAGAUAGAAAAUAUAAUGGUCAUAUUGAAAACAAACCUCUAACCAUUCCAAAAGACAUCGAUCUUCAUCUGGAAACAAAAUCUGUGACUGAAAGGGACACUAUUGCCUUGCAUUAUUUUCCAGAAUAUCAGUGGCUGGUGGAUUUCACUGUUGCAGCUACAGUUGUGUAUGUGGUGACAGAAGCCUAUUACAGCAUUGUGAAGCCCUCACAAGAAAUGAAUAUCAGUGUAGUGUGGUGUCUGCUUGUCCUGGCUUUUGCAGUCAAGGUACUAUUUUCGUUGACUACCCAUUAUUUCAAAGUAGAGGAUGGAGGUGAAAGAUCAGUCUGUGUCACCUUUGGUUUCUUUUUCUUUGUGAAAGCAAUGGCAAUUCUCAUUGUGACAGAAAACUAUCUAGAGUUUGGACUGGAAUCAGGAUUCUCAAAUUUCUCCGAAAGUGCUAUGCAAUUUCUUGAAAAGCAGGGCCUGGAAUCCCAGGGUCCUGUGUCUAAACUAACCUUCAAAUUGUUCCUGGCUGUUCUGUGUUCACUUAUUGGUGCUUUUUUGACAUUCCCUGGCUUGCGACUGGCUCAAAUGCAUCUGGAUGCUCUGAAUUUAGCAACAGAAAAAAUAACACAAACAUUGCUACAUAUAAACUUCUUGGCACCUUUAUUUAUGGUUCUACUGUGGGUAAAACCAAUCACUAAGGACUACAUUAUGAACCCACCUUUGGGCAAAGAGAGCAUCCCUUUGAUGUCAGAAGAUACAUUUGACACUGUCAGGCUGUGGAUUAUAAUCCUGUUGUGUGCUUUACGGUUAGCUAUGAUACGCCAUCAUUUACAGGCCUAUCUGAAUUUAGCCCAGAAAAGUGUGGAUCAGAUGAAAAAGGAAGCUGGCAGAAUAAGUAUGGUUGAUUUGCAGAAAAUGGUGGCUCGGGUAUUCUAUUAUCUUUGUGUAAUUGCACUGCAGUAUGUUGCACCGUUGGUAAUGCUCCUUCACACAACUCUGCUCUUGAAAACACUAGGUAAUUAUUCUUGGGGCAUCUAUCCAGAAUUGAAUUCUGACACUCCAGUAGAAAACAGUCUGCUUCCCAGUUCAGUUUAUUCUGAGUCUCCACCUGUUGAUGGAAAGAUGAAAGUAACUGUAGUACAAAUAACAAUGGCGUUGGGAAGCCUAAAGAAUAUUUUCACUCCUCUCCUCUUCCGGGGACUCCUGUCUUUCCUCACCUGGUGGAUUGCUGCUUGCCUCUUUUCUACAAGCCUUUUUGGGCUUUUCUAUCACCAGUACCUGACUGUCGCCUGAACAGGUCAACUGAGAAAGCGUAUGUGAAGUCAAAUACUAGAUACAAACCCAGGUGCCCAGGAGGAGAUGAAGAGAAAAGAAGAGAACUAUAAAUGAAGAGAAAACAUAUCAGAAUUUUUUUUAAACACUUCCUCUGUGUUCUCAGGGUGAAUAUUCUUAUAAUGUUUAAAAUCGCAACUGGGUUUGUUAUUUUUUGUUACCCAAAUGGUAGGUAACUAAUUGAAUUAUAGUAUCGGGACUCACUGACAUUAUUGUUUGGCAGGUGGUGACAAAAAGAUACGACCUCUGGGUAUCUUGGUUUCCAUAAACAGCAAGCCAGCCUCAAAACUUUGUGUUCUAAGUGUCAACAGUCAGUGACUGAACUGUGCCAGAAGGGUACUGGUUAUAGUGGUGGUGGCUGCCUAUCAAUUAAAUCUUGAAACUGAGCCAUACAAUGGAAGGAGAUUGGGGAUUUAAAAAAAAAAAAAAUUUUCUGUUGGAUAGCUGUUGAUCACUUUUCUCUGUGAAAAAUGAAAAAAUCCAACAGAACAAAAGAGAUACUGUAUAUUACAGUAAGGAAAGUUGUAUAAAAUUUAAAUUUAACAGGAAUAGAUGUAUGGGCCUGACAGGUAUUGCUGCCUGAAUAUUUUGCAGGAAUGCUUGUGCAGUAAGAGGAGAGUUAUAAAAAACAUAUUAUUUCAGUCCCUGCAGUCAUUUUAAAGUAAUGGCCAUUUGUAUCGGUGCUAAUAUUGAUCCACAGAUUCCAUUUGGAUCUUUUAAAUUUCUUCUUUUCAGGUAACAGAUAAAUUCCUUUGAAUUCACAAAACAAUAUAAGAGUAGUGACACCAAUCAAACAUUUCAAAACAAAAUAGUUUAAUCCUGCUGACUGAGAGUGUAUGUAUCUGUGUAGUGUACAUAUAAAUAUAUAUUAUAUAUUAAAUAUAUAAUAUAUAUGAAGUUAUAAAAUAUGGAAACUUUUUUUUAAAUUACUGAAUGUAUCUUGCAGGGCCAUGGGAGAGGAAUGUAUAUGUAUCUAGUAAUUUCAAGAUCCCUUUUAAAGUGAAAAACGAAAAUUACUUUUUUUUUGAAAGUUCAGUUGAAAGGGCUAUUUGUUUUUGGUGCCUCUUCAAAGGUACUUAGCUAUACUAAAGAACUUAGGCUCUUUGGGAAGAAAAGAUCUACUUAAACUCUUAAUCUUGAAAUUUCAGCUCUGUCAGAUCAUCAUCUUUUGCCACUCUAAUCUGUGUUAACUUGGCCGUAUAGUAACAACCAGUAUCUCUUGGCUUCAGAAAUAGAUUUUCUGUUUAAUAAAACAGCUAUAAGAAGGAGGAGCAAAGCAUUAACAUUGCAAGCUUUGCUUAAAUGGAAGGAUAGAUUCCAAGUGUAAAACCAUUGCAAAACAAAGUAGAAUGACAAUUUUUCAGAUGUUUUGUGUAAUUGCAAAACAGGAGUGGGGAUUUAUGUGCAGUAACUUUUUAAAAAAGUUAAUAUACUUUGCAGAGGUCAGUGGUAUUUUUAACCAAUACUAGCUGUUUUGAUGUUACUAUUCUUUCUCUCCUGAAUUUGCAUACGGCUUUGGCAUAUAACAAGCAUUUAUAAAUGGAAGAGCUUAACUAUUUAAUAUGUAGCAAACCUACCAUAUGGGAAAACAAACUCAAUGCGGAAAAUCAAGAAUUUAAGCUGGCGAUAAUGGUCUUACUAUGUUGAAUGCCUUUUAAGUUAUUUAUUAGUUUAUUAAAUUGCAUUUACUGAUACUAGGGAAAGAUUUUUGUACACCAGCUAGUACUUACCGCAUGCGUUGGGGAUGUCUGAGAACACCUUGCAUGAGUCUACUGGUUUCAUUGUAGUGUAGUAUUUCAGUGCUACUGGUGCAGUAAUCUUUGGUUUGGGUUUUUUUUUUUUUCACACCAACUUUUCAUAACUAACAGGGACAAAGGCUUAACAGUGUGAAUUGGCCUAAGGAAAAAUAUUUGACUUCAUAGAUUCAGACCUCAAAACAUUCCUAGGAAAUGACUUUCAGAUGAAUAGAAUGACACGUGGUGACAGGUCCAGCAACACUGGACCCACUUUCUAUUAAUUCGAGAUGUGUCAUUACUAACAAAAUUAAUAAGGUCAGCUUUUAAGUUAUAGUUAGGUAUCCAAUGUUAAUGUUUUAUUCAGGAAAAUAAAGCGGUAUAGGGCAGUUUGAUUCUGACAGUGAACUUGGCUGAUGAAGCUCACUAUAGAGAAGAUUUAACCUAUUGUUGCAACUGAAGGAUGGGAAUAAACUUUGGAUACUGGAGAAGACAUCAACAUAACGUUAAGUAACAAAGUUUCUGUUGGCAUAGGUAUUUCGGAAGCUCAUAAGUAAAACUGAGCUGUAGUUAUAUUGCACUCAGCAAAGAUUGUGUGCACAGCUGAGCUUCAUAGAGCUUUUGGUAAGAGCUGUUGCUGUCUUACUCUUUGAAUGUUGCACUGAUCACAGUGAAUAGGCAUCUGGAUGUUGCUAAGGUUGAGAUCAGCACUUGCUGUUUCAUUGUUCUGCAGAACAGAAUGGCUGGCCUUCUGGUCAGCAGUCUGAUAGAUGGUCUUUCUUUGGAUCCAUUUAAUCCUUACAUGAGUCUAGGAGGCUUAUUAAUAACUAAAAUAUAGCAAUAAAUGCCUUUGAAAUGUGAGGUGACAGUGAAACGAGAGGGAGCAUAUUGCAAUGGUUAUGAGCAGUGCUUCCUACAACUACAUGACAUGAUCAAAAUUGACUUUUUAAUAAAAUAGCAACCCUGAUAGUCCUGACUUCCAUGUAAGCUUCAAAGCAGUAUCUGCUCACUUCUUUGUAAGCUCCUUCAAAACAGCAGCAAGCAAAUGCUUUUAUUUCUUCGUGGGUAACUUUAUCAGCACCUGGGAGGAGGAGGAAGCAUCUUGCAGAAAUGGAAAAGCAGGUUAAACAUUACUGAAAUCUUAGUAACUUUUAUUCAGUAUUCUUAAACAUUUAGUCUUGCUUUUUGCCCACUACCUACUUAAUUUCAGAGAGAUUUUAGAAGGAAAGGUGCCUUUUGCAGAGAAUCAGCGUUUCUUUCUUUCCUUAUUUCUUCCUUAAUUCUGAUCUCUCUCACUCCAGUAAUGUGACUGUUAGCUUUAUUUCUUUUUCCUAUCUGUCUGCAGCUUUUUCCCUGCAUUCCCUACAGAGAACUGGCUGGGCUAAAUUAGCUCAGGAUCAUAUUUUGGUUUUUAUUGUUUUGCUUUAAAUUAAUCUAUUUGGUUAAAUUACUCUAUUUUUGAAGGAUUAGUUCCUUUAAAUAGUUUAAAUAACUUUGAAUUUCAGCUGAAAUAUGAACAAACUUGUUAAUGAUUGUUUAAACACUGUACUGUUAUUAUAGUAGUCCCUUUAGACAAAAUAUUAAAGGUAGUGAUAAAUCCAAGUCUUCCAGCAAGUUCAGGGAAGUCCAAACAUAACACUUGGGCUGUUUCUGAGCUUAGAGGAGUCGAUUAAGAAGAGAAGAAUAAAUUAUAACAAGCCUUUUCUUCCACUUUGCAGGCAGUGUUCUUAGGCAGUGCUUGUUCUCUUUUGAUACCUUCUCAAACUACAAGAUUUGCCAGGUUUUGAGGUAUUUUUAGCUGCAGUUUUUUCUUCUUCCAGGCUGCUUUUGCAUAACAAUCAAGUGAUAAAGUGAUGGGGAAUAAACAAGUAGUAUUGGUGCAAGAGAACAUCUUUGUACAGAAGAACAUGCUUUAGAAAAGUCAUUCCUAUGACAGUUCUUCUCCUUUGAGUCACAAGUACUGUGAGAUGUGUGAAUAAAGAUGUGUGCUUAUGUGGGUUGUAAAGCCAAACACACCUACAAACAAAAAAGCCACCACGAUACAUCAACAGCACAAUUGGGUAGCAUAACCUCAGUCUGUAAAACAGUUGGCAAGUACAGAAAUGUCAAUUGACUUCAAAGGAAUAAUGAAAUGUUUUGUACUUUGUCACAGUAAUUGUGGUAAUUGAGGUCUUGGACGUACCACAUAGAAAAUUUAAAGCAUCUAAUCUUAAAAGCUGUUGGAAGGCUCUCCAAGGCAAAAGGUCUUAUGCCUCUUUAUUCUCAAAGCCCUUUUGAACAUUCGCUUGUUUUCCAGAGAAGAUUUUGAACAGUUUUUAAAUGCUAUACUCCAUGCUUUGUCACACAACUCAAUUUGUACAUUUAUUUGUUUGCCGCAAACCCCCAGACUUAACCCCACUGUUCAUUUUGUCACUACAAAGUUACUAGAAAGUUUUAGUUCAGAUUGAAGAAUUAAGUACACAGAGAAAAUGGAAGUGUUCAAUGAAAACGAGGUCAAAGAAAAUUGUGUGUUCUCUUGGAGAAGUCUUAAGAUUUUGCUCAGCCACAGUAGAAAGAGAGGAAGGCAACAGCAGAUCACUUGUAUCCGAAAUCGAAUUUUAAAUGUGAAUGUUUAGCAUUAUGAGCAAGUAAGACUGUUAUUUUUGGCAUCUGCAGCCUAAAUCCCAAAUGGUAAACUAAGAGCAAUAUUUUGACCUCACUGAUAAUUACUCUAAAGAGCAUCUAGGCAACAAGCAUUGGAGCCAGAUGUUUGUUCUAGUUAAGCAAGCUGAUACAGAGCACUCAGCCUGUGCUUUGGAGUGAUUUUUAUGCAAUUUCUUCUUUAGGAAGGUCUGCCAUGCUGCAUGGCUUUGGCAGUGCAUGCACUGAUAUAGAUGGCAUGUCUGAUCUCCUUCUAACACCACACUGAAAGGUCUUCCUCUUCUGGGGGUGAGAUCAUGAGGCCAAGAUGUUAUUUCAAGGCUGCUUUUACUGACAUCUCUAUAUGCUGCACUUUUUCCAGUCUCUCACUGUGGACUGCCAGGAGAGUAAUGCUGCACUGGACAUUGUUUUGCCUGCCAGUAUAUAUGUAUUUUUUAUAACUUUAGUUUCAGUGGUGUUUUUAAUGGAAAUUAUGUUUAAUCCUGAUACCAUGGAUCAUAUUUUAAUUUUUUUUAAUUAAUAUCAGUGCCUGCAACCAGAAGUCAAAUACUUCUACACUAAAUUUUGUUUUUAAAACUUGAUGUCGAGACUGAAGUAUUAACAAGUAUGCAGUUUUAUAUUGCAGGGUGAAAUCCACCUGUAAAUAACAAACUUUCUCCAUAUGUGAAACUUUUUCCAUAUGUGACACAUCAGUCAGGAAUUUUUGUUUGGAUUCACAGCAUUUCUCUCAACAACACAUUUAUGUGUAUUACUCUGCUGUUUAUAAAACAAACACACACCUCAGUAGAGUUUCGAGAGUAGCUUUAUACAAACCUCCUCAGUAGCAGGCCAUUUCUAUUUUAUAAUGCCGCUAAGAAUUUUUUAAAGCCUGGCUUAAAAUAUAUUGUGCUUCAGGUCAACCUUGUUCUCUUUCCCUCUGCUCACUGUAAAUCUGCUUCCUGUGUAUGUUCUAAGCUUCAAGAAUGGGGAUUUAUAGUAUUUUUUUAUAAAAACCUGGAACAAUUAAAUGCAACAAAAGUUUUAUUUCGUAAAUACAGUUCAUACCCAUGUCAUGAUGUGCCAGCAGUUUUUAUUUUUCCUGUCUUCAGUCAUUCCUUUGUCCUGUUGUAACAAUCUUGCAUGUUUUCACUAUGUAAGGUCUUCUAGGAGGAAUACGUAAAUACUCUGUAAUAGCAAUCACAGGAAUCUGUAUAAUGUUCGAUCUUCCCACUUAUGUGAGCAAAUGUUAAUGUAAAGAUGCUAUUAAAUAAUUUAAGCCUAAAAUUUCUCAUAAGGUAGACUUGAUGCAAAUUGCACAGGGAACAUCCUCCAAGCUGUAAAUAUUUUCCUUUAUGUUUCUUUGUUGCUGGGAACACACAUAAAUUCAGUGUUGCUCUUCUGUUAAUAGUCUCUUUUUUUUGUCUUUUUAAGUGAAAAGCACAUAAUGCUUCCUGCUCUUGAACAAACCUAAGAAGAAAAGGCUUCCCUCCCUUCCUUCAGUAUUUGCCAAAUGAGAAAGACUGAUGCUAUUUAUGUAAAUUCCAGCUUCCUCUUAUUGCUAAAUUACUGUUAAAAUAUGAUUUUUGUAGUUACAGCUUUACAGGUAUUAAGAACUUCAUGCUUCACAGCGAAGAUGGUGUCAGAUGGUUGUUGCGUUGUAUUGACGUGUCCCUGACUGGUGUUGCAUUACCUGUGGCUGAUUCAAAACAAAUUGUUCUGUUUGCUUUAUGCUGUAGAGGUUCAUCGGGAUAUGUGAACAGGAGAGUGCAGCACUUGUUGGAGACGCUGGGGAUAUGCUGUGUUCUGGGUUGGGGCUUUGUGACCGUUUGUUGGUUAGUGUUUGGGAUUGCUUUUCCUUAGUCGGUGUGGAUAAUACUUAGGUACAACUACUACAAAUAAUAAACAACCUACAGUAAUGUUGCAUUCUUUUUGUACUCUGUAGACUAAAGUGCCUGAAUGUGGGUGAUCUCUAGAAGACGUGCUUUAAAUUCCUUGUGUGAAUAUUUGCGGUUGUUUUGCUACGUAAUAGAAAGUUAACUUUUGGAAAGAAAAUGCAAGGCUUGCUAGCCCUUAAAAUGGGAUUUGCUAUAAACUCACUAGUUUUGGCAUUAGAAUGUCCGUGUGUGUUUAUGGGUUAUUACACAUUGGAGGCAAGUAAGAUUUUGAAGAAAUCUUUUCCAUUCCCAUUACUGUGAUGAUAAUGUAACAGCUUUGCCCACCUCCUAACUGGUGUAUAACACCCUACUGUGACCUGUGCAUUCAGUUUUCACAGAAUCAUAGAAUCAUGGAAUAGCUUGGGUUGGAAGGGAGCUUAAAGCUCAUCCAGUUCCAACUCCCUGCCAUGGGCAGGGACACCUUCCACUAGACCAGGUUGCUCCAAGCUCAGUCCAGCCUGGCCUUGAACACUGCCAGGGAUGGGGCAGCCACAGCUUCUCUGGGCAACCUGUGCCAGGGCCUCACCACCCUCACAGGGAAGAACUUCUGCCUAAGAGCUCAUCUCAGUCUCCCCUCUGGCAGGUUAAAGCCAUUCCCCCUUGUCCUGUCCCUACAGGCCCUUGUAAGAAGCCCCUCUCCAGAUUUCUUGUCAGCCUCUUUAGGUGUUGGAAGACUGUUAUAAGGUCCCCCUGGAGCCUUCUCUUCUCCAGGCUGAACAAGCCCAACUCUCUCAGCCUCUCUUCAUAGGGGAGGUGCUCCAGCCUUUGUUUUUAUAUGACUGAGAGAGAGGACUUAAAGAGUUCUGGAAGGCCUGACUGUUGCUUAACAAGGUUUUGUAGUGACACCCUGGGUGUCAGUUGUGCCCCAGUUGUGCAGGCACAUGGGUGACUUCAGCCAGGUAAGUGGUUCUUCUUGAGCUCAGAUGCACUGAAGUUCACUGCAUCAGUAUGGAUUUGGGGUACAAAGACCACAGAAGAGCUGGAUUGUAACACUGCUGGCUUGCAUCAAGCAAAGAGGCUUCAAGGGAAAAGUUAACACCUUGUACUCAACACCCACUGCUGGGGUGUUGGAACAGUGAAACCACCCUUCCUUACUCUUCAGCUGCUUCCAAGGGCAGCAAGUGCUGGAGGUGGAACCUGCCUGGUCUGGUUCAGCAGGGAAAUUAAAACAUUGAGGAAAUAGCAGGUGCCUACUGCUGAAUUAAUUAUGCAUCCUAAACAUGAAGUGCUUGUAAGUGGAGGUGGUGUUGCUGGUUCAAUUCUACCAAAGGAAGCCUUCCUCUGAGGAAGGCUUACAAAAGCACUUGAGCUUUCAGCUCUAAAAAGUGGCUGUAGCAAUCCGUACUGUAUGUAGUACACAGUUUGGGGAAAACUUGCUCCAGUAAGCUUACUAAACAUUUCCUUACACUAUUUGUAAGAAAUUAUAUUGCUUGUUUUACUGUAGAGCAUUUAAGAAGCUGGUUCUGUCUUGCUUAAUGUUACCAUGUAUCAGGCAGCAUUUUAUUAAUGUGAAAAUAGUAAGAAUUGGUUUGUCAUCUAAACACCUAAAUCCCUCUAACAUCAGUAAAUUUUGCACAGUGAAACAAGAUUAUACUUUCUUUUUCCCCAUUCAUUCUGUUGAAAUGUUAUCAUUUAACAUUGUUUUUAUAAUGUACUUACUGCUAAAAUUAAUUUUAUAUCCACUAGUUGCUAAUGGUAAUACCACAGCAAGUUGAAGAGAAACCCUGGUAUCUGCUGUGUAUCAACUGCCCCACCAACUUGCUUGCUUUUGUAAAGUGUUGAUCCAUGUCAGACAUUUGAUGUCUACUGCAGGGAUGCUUCUAUAGUACUUCAGUGUCCCAACAUGUACUCUGCAUGCCUUGCAUUUGUGCACUGUAAAAUAAUAGACUGUUUUACAGUAUGUAGGUUUAAAAAAACCUGAAACAAUCUUCCAUUAUUUUAUAUAGUAUUUCCCAUAUCCAAAAUAGGAUGAUUCCUAAAGCCAAAGAUCAAUAAAUGUUUAUUGUCUAUCAGUGUGA